AUGUUGAAAUGGAAGUGUGAUAAUUCUUUUGACCGAGGAUUUCUUGUUAGAAAGUUUUUCUCCCUUCACCAUGAUCAGUUCUCAAAUAUUGUUCCAACUGUGGAAGAGAUCGAAAGGCUGCAUCUGGAUAAGUUUUUUAAUAAAAACAAUGAAUUCAUUCGUCAUGGAGAUCUGAGGCAUAAUGCUAGUUUUGCAACAUCGACUUCGAACAACUUUGAUGAACAAAUACGUAAUCUUGUGUCUGGUCAGUUGCAAUUACAAGCUGAUUGCAAUAGCCUAAAGCUUUUAUUUCACAAUUUCUCUGCAAAAGUGUUUGAAGAGUUCAAAGUUGUUCACUCUACGUUGAAGGAAUUGCGUGGCAUGAUGGAUAAUAAUGUGAAUGUUGAUGAUGAUCAUUUCAAGGAGUUCCACACUGAUAUGUUUCAAAGUGGUGCACAGGAAAAUGUUACUCAAAUUCCUAUCCCUGACUGUGAUGAUGGUUUAAUUGUUUCUCAAUCUGCUGAAGUUGAUGUUCAAGAUUCUGAUGAGGAGGAUGUUGUUUUCAUUGAUAAGGUUCAUGGUUCUGAUGAUGUUACAAACUUUGUAAAAAAUGUUUUGGAAGAUGCAAAUGUUCUUAAGGUUCAAGGUUUGGCUGAUGUUCAAAUGACUGAAACUAAUGUGGACGAAGAGCCAAAUGUUGAUAAGGGACUGCAGAUUGGUCAACAUUUUGAUGAUUUGGUGGUUCAGGACACUAUAGAGAAGGACAAAUCUAAGGCUGCUCCUUCCUCAUCAAAGAGGACAACCCGUAGCUCGGCCACAGAAAUGUGCAACUUGAAUAAUUCUAAUAAAAAUCCUUGUGGCGCUCCUUCUAAACCGCCUAAGCCAUUUGACGGGGAAAAGAGAGUCCUCCACGGUUCUUUCCCGUUUGAUCAAUUAUUUUGGAGUGGAUAUAAUCCAAUUACUGAAGGCUUUCAUAAAUGGUUAACGACGGGUUUAUUUGAUAGCCCAAAGCAAACUGAGUCUGGCUUGGUAUACUACAAGAAGCAGUCUUCACAAGUGAAGAAUGGGUUUGAUUUCAACGUAGCUAAAAUUUAUGAAAAAUCUUGGUUCUUACUUCUUGAUGACUGCCAUAAAUUCUUGGACUCUACGAUUGAUGCUGAUAUUCUCAAGGAUGUGGAGUGCUAUUCUGUGUUGCUUCCUACAUUUCUAUAUUUGAUUGGACUUCAUUACAAAAGGGAGGAGCUCUUUACUGGUAAUGGGAAAUAUGUGGGAAAACAACGAACGGACCCGCUUGAGGUUGUUUUUAUUGAUAAUCUUCCUCCUCAGGAACAUGGUGACUGUGGUGUUUUUAUGAUUGCGUUUGCUGAGGUCUUUAUGAAAGGAAAGAAUAUCCCUUCUUCUAUCGAUGCUGAGUUCCUUCGUAAUCGCUAUGCAUAUUUACUUUAUGAGCAUGGAUGCAAGAAGUUGGCUGAAGGUUAUGAAAGUGAGGAUCAAUCUCCUGGAGUUAUGCCUCCAGAUCUUAAGAAGGAGGUUCAUGGUUGUUGGCAGACUAUGUAG